AUGUUCCAGUCCAAGCCUUCAAAGGGUAUGCUCGCCCUGGCGGCGAUGAACUUCAUCACUGGCACCACUGCCAACCUGAAGACCUGUGCCGCCAGCUCAGGCUUUAGUUGCCAGAGUUCCUCUUCAACCCCGACUUGCUGCUUCAACUACCCCGGUGGCGCAUUCCUGCAGACCCAAUUUUGGGAUACCGACCCCGUCACUGGUCCCUCGGACUCGUGGACGAUCCAUGGACUGUGGCCGGAUAACUGCGACGGCACAUACGAGGCCAACUGUGACUCGGCGCGCGCAUACACCAACAUCACCGAGAUCCUGCAGGCCCAGGACCGCUCCGAUCUAGUCUCGUACAUGGACGAGUACUGGGUCGACAUCGAUGGCGACAAUGAGUCGUUCUGGGAACACGAGUGGGCCAAGCAUGGUACUUGCAUUAACACCAUCGAGCCUAGCUGCUAUACCGGCUAUGAGUCCCAGGAGGAGGUUGGCGAUUACUUCGAGAAGACGGUUGAGCUGUUCAAGGGGCUUGAUACCUACCAGGCUCUUGCCGAUGCUGGCAUUACCCCUUCCAACUCUAAGACUUAUACUAAGAAGGCCAUCCAGGCCGCGCUGGCGAAGGUGCACGAUGGUGCUGAGGUUUAUAUUAGCUGCUCCAGUGGCAAGUUGAACCAGGUUUGGUACUUUUUCAAUGUGCAAGGUAACAUUAUUGAUGGCAAAUAUGAGGCUGUUGACUCGCUCACCACCUCUGGAUGCUCGAGCUCUGGCAUCAAGUACGUGCCCAAGUAA